AAAAAUAUUGCGCAUACGCCGCGUGGCCAAUGAAAAUAAAAGUGCUUAAAGUGCAACCAUGGAUAAUCAAAGUGAGAAACAAGAGCAACAUAAGAGUCUUGGCCAUCGACGACAGCCAGCUCUGGGCAAAGCAAUGCCAGUGACAGCGUUGCUCUUGAAUCUGCAUCCAACUCCGCAAAAUAAAGCGAGUCACGCACGUGGCGCUGCUGUCGAGGAUGAGGAUGAGCCGCCGCCACGUUACUUCAGUGUGGCCGAUGAGAUGCAACAGCCGCCAUCGCCAAAUGGCAACGAAUCAACUGAUGCACAAUGCCAGCUCUUGGGCAACUCUAAAGGCUACACGCCUUGUCUCAACUGCAGCCAAACAGCUCCUCAGUUUAUGAGUGGCCCGAAUGUGAUCAUCAAUGAGAUGUGUCGCCGUUUGUGCGGCGAAGAGUGUCGUCGUGGCUUGAGUUUGACUGGCCAGCUGGCCACAGAGGAUGCGCAGCGGCAGCAGCUGCGUCAGGAUUUCCUUAGGCAGUAUGAGAUUGCGGAAGCGUUGGCCAAGACCUCGGCAAUGACCUCGACAACACAAAUGAAACAGCGUCUCGCGGCGCGUAAACUGGAAAUGGAAAUCGAGACGAAGGGGGCGAUGGCGGGUGGCAGAAUGACCACACCCAAUGACAAGGUUGAUGCUGUCGAUGUUGUUGCCACAGCUGCUGCUGCGGCUGGAGACAUGUUGCCGCCAAUCGUUGAUUAUGAGACGCCGCCACCGCCGCGUGAUCUGUUGUUGUAUCUGGUGAGAAUGGGUUCGUUCAACUCGGCGCCCAAGAUCAACAAUAUGGACUCACAGGACGAUGGCUUGGAGCUGCCCAAAGGUCUGACCACGAAUGCCUUGUUGGAUCAUGUGCAUCAGUUGCGUGGCAAUGGCAUCGAUCGACCCUCGUUGCUCACCAGAUCCUUCCUCAAGCCAGCACUCAUCAGCGAGGAUGUGACUGAUGGAUUGCGAUGUCUCAAGUUGAAUGCGGUUUCGCGUGUUUGCAGUCCGCCGCUUGAUAACGAGGGCACGCAAAAUAUACGAUUGCUGCAGUGGAAUAUUUUGUCGCAAACUCUGGGACAGCACAACGAUGGCUUUGUGCGUUGCCCUGAAGAGGCUUUGACCUGGCAGCAUCGCAAGUAUCUCAUAGUCCAGGAGAUACUUCAGAACCAGCCCGAUGUUGUUUGUCUGCAAGAGGUGGAUCACUUCAAAUUCCUGGAAACUGUCCUCGGCAGUCAAAACUAUGCUGGCAUCUUCUUCCCCAAGCCAGACUCUCCGUGUCUGUAUAUAGAGCAGAACAAUGGACCCGAUGGCUGUGCCAUAUUCUACAAACGGGAUAAACUGCAGCUGUUGUGCUACGACACACGCAUACUUGAGGUGUGGCGUGUCCAGAGCAAUCAGGUGGCCAUUGCAGCUCGUCUGCAAUUAAAGGCGACGGGCAAGGAGUUUUGUGUCUGCACCACACAUUUGAAGGCUCGACAUGGAGCGCUCUUGGCCAAAUUGCGCAAUGAGCAAGGACGCGAUCUCAUUCGGUUUGUGAAGCAAUUUGCUGGCGAGAGUCCUUUGCUGAUGUGUGGUGACUUUAAUGCGGAGCCCAUCGAGCCCAUCUAUGCCACAAUUCUCAGUUGCGACAUCUUGAAACUGGGCAGCGCCUAUGCGGACAUGAAACUCGAGAGGGAAAGGGAAAAGGAGCGCUGCGAGGAUGUCAAUGAGUUGGUCUCAGAGUCCAUUAAAAGGGAACCGCCCUACACCACAUGGAAGAUUCGCGAGGAUGGCGAAGAGUGUCACACCAUUGACUAUGUUUUCUAUACGCCGCAGCAACUAAAGAUCAAAAACUGCUUAGAGUUUCCGGCUGGUGACCAAAUUGGUAAAAAUCGCACGCCUUGUUUUCAAUAUCCAUCGGAUCAUUUCUCACUGGUCUGUGACUUUGAGUUGCUGGAUGAACCCAAAUCGGAAGCAACCAUUCAGUAGAGGAUCAGUAAAGAGCACAUACAAACAACAGCACUACAUCACGCACACAGAUACACAUACACACACCAACACAAAGAAAAACACACAUACUGCAAUUACAUAAUAAAUUGUGAUAUUAGUUAUUAGAUACAUUUUAGCCUCAUAAAUGUUGCACAGCGUUUCACUGGCUUCACGAAACUCUCCAGAGAUUUCACAAUAAAAGAGUGUAACUUUUUAGCAA